AAGCUGGUAAUACACUGGUGUCCGUAUCAGUAUGGUAGUACUCGGUGCCGACUGCUCGUACGAUCACCUACAGGUUGUAGUUAGCAGCGAACAGCUAGAACAUGGCUCCGAAGCCAUUAACUUGCUUUUCCUUGCGCAAGCGAGCACAGCAAUGACGAUGUUGUACCAGGGGUUGACGGCACAAAAUAUUCCGCUAGUGGUCGUACCCCAGACAGCAGCAACAGCAACUUCGUGUAGGGAUAUCUCCACAAUAUGUCAACACGCGCUCGUGUCAGCGCCAACCUUCUCCAUUCUUAUACCUAGAAGACGGGUGAGAUUGGGGAUUGGGACUAGGGGUUCUGAAAUGAGGGGUAAAAACUAAGAAAUGGGGCUGGAGUCACCGUUUAUAUGGGCCUUGAUACCCCCCCCAAGAUGUGAAAUGUUCUUUGAUUUCACCUUUCACUUUCUCGAGCAGCGCAAUCAUGGCUGGACCAAAAGCAGUUGCACCUCCCGUCGACGCUAUCGACAACAAUGAAGCUGGCUACAACCCAGACCGCGUGAACCUAAACUCGAACAUUUCCGGGAGAAUAGAGAAUCCACUCGCUGGCAUUCCUCGCGACACCCUCUUCUUAGAAGUCGAGAAGUUUGCAGAGGAAAAGGCCCUCACCGAGCAUGUUGAUGUCCUCAAAAAGGGUGCACUCGUCGCUCAAGAUCCUCUCAACUAUGAGGAUAUUACAGGCGAACACAGUUUAACCGACGGAGAGAUUGAGGAUCUUCGUAAUGAGAUCCUACACAAGUGGCGCCACCCACGAACGCUUUAUCUAACCAUCCUUCUUUGUUCCGUCGGUGCGGCUGUGCAAGGAUGGGAUCAGACUGGUUCCAAUGGAGCUAAUUUGUCUUUCCCUAGGUUUUUUAACAUCGGGACUGAAAGCACCCGCGACCAGCUGCUUGUCGGUCUCGUAAACUCAGCGACAUAUCUUGGCUCGUCUCUCUUCGGGUGCUGGAUUUCGGAUCCUUUGAACUUUUAUUUCGGUCGCCGUGGUACAAUCUUCUUCUCCGCCGUCUUCUGUUUUCUCCCAGUUAUUGGCUCAGCAUUCACACAGACUUGGCAGCAGCUCUUCGCCUGCCGUAUCCUGCUCGGAUUUGGAAUGGGCGCGAAAGGCUCAACUAUCCCAAUCUUUGCUGCUGAAAAUGCGCCUGCCACUAUCCGAGGCGCCUUAGUUAUGAGCUGGCAGAUGUGGACAGCCUUCGGAAUCUUCCUCGGAUACUCUGCUAAUCUUGCCGUUGCUCAUGUGGGAAAAAAUGCAUGGAGACUUCAACUUGGGUCGGCUAUGAUCCCCGCCAUUCCUUUACUCAUCGGCGUCUACUUUUGCCCCGAGUCACCGCGUUGGUGCAUGAAGAAGAAUAGAUAUCCCCAGGCAAUGGCGUCUCUAUUACGGCUCCGCAACAGCCCACUCCAAGCAGCUCGCGAUCUUUAUUACAUCCACAAACAGCUCGAGGUUGAGGCCUCCAUUAUCGGGAAGAGCAACUAUGUAACUCGCUUCAUCGAGCUCUUCACCAUUCCUCGUGUUCGCCGCGCGACCCUAGCCUCUUUCACUGUCAUGAUUGCCCAGCAAAUGUGCGGUAUCAACAUCAUCGCAUUCUACUCUUCUACAAUCUUUGCGAAGUCCGGCUUUGACGACUAUCAAGCACUGUGGGCUUCAUGGGGCUUCGGUCUUAUCAACUUCCUCUUUGCGUUCCCUGCGCUCUGGACAAUCGACACGUUUGGACGGCGAGCACUGCUCCUCUUCACGUUUCCUAAUAUGGCGUGGACCCUCUUAGCUGCUGGACUCUGCGCACUGAUUGACUUACACUAUAAAAUCCACUUGGCACUAGUGGCAAUGUUCAUCUAUCUAUUUGCCAUGUUCUACUCCCCAGGUGAAGGACCUGUCCCAUUCGCAUACUCGGCUGAAGUCUUCCCACUGUCCCACCGUGAAGUCGGAAUGGGUUGGGCUGUGGCAACCUGCUUUUUCUGGGCUGCUAUUCUUUCGAUCUUUUUGCCACUGAUGUUGGUAGCAAUGUCUCCCACCGGUGUAUUCUGCUUCUAUGCAGGAACUAACGUUAUUGCCUUGGUCAUGAUAUUCCUCUGGGUUCCCGAGACCAAACAGCGCACACUCGAGGAGCUAGACUACAUCUUCGCCGUCCCUACCCGCACCCACAUGCACUACCAGAUCAACAAGGCCCUUCCGUACUUCAUCCAGCGAUGGGUCUUCUUCAACAAAAACGCAGUCCUCGAACCUCUUUAUAAAUUCGACACUGCCCGGGUGACUGACAAGUCUAGAAUUGCGGAUAUGCAUGCGAAUGACAUCCGACGUGCCGAGCUGCGCAAGGACAACAGUGCCUCUGACGAGGACGUGGAGAAGGUUGAGAAACAGAAUUAAACUUCAGCACGACAGUAAGCGAUUUGACAGUGAACGAUUUGGAACCCUGAAUUCGCCUAUACUUAAACGUACACUAUCCUCUCCCUCUGUCUCUGUAAUAACAACUACAAGCAAACGAUUUUCAAAGGUCCGGGACCAUACACCUAUUGGCUGCUGCGAUAUAAUUUGUAACCACUAGGGCAGGUUAAUAUGGCGUUGUAAAUACUGCCUAAAGGAGUAUCUUGAGUCUAGCGGAAUGAAGAUUAUUACAAGGCACCUAAAAUAACACGACAUUGAUAUAGCCUCUACUUAGGAAUCUCAAACUACCUCAAUUCAAAGCAGCAUCGCUAAUGCUUUCGAUAAAGCUAAGGAGGCGACUUAUAAGUGCCGCUGUCUCUCUACUAUUACAACUCAAGCCUUAGACCCU